UCCCUUCUUGCUUCCCUCCCUCCCUCCCGCCGGGACGGGCGGCAGCUGCGCGGCCGCGGGCAGCCGUGCGGGAUGGCGGUGCGGGUGCGGGCGCUGCUGCUGGCGCUCUGCGGGCUGCUGGCUGCCUGCCGGGCAUCGGAGCCAUCGGACGGGGCGGGGGGCAGCAGCCGGCGGCGGCGGCUGAGUUCCGAGGAGGGCAUCUCCUUCGAGUACCACCGGUACGCCGAGCUGCGGGAGGCGCUGGUGGCCGUGUGGCUGCAGUGCCCGGCCAUCACCAGGAUCUACACGGUGGGGCGCAGCGCCGAGGGCCGAGAGCUGCUGGUCAUCGAGGUGUCCGACCGCCCCGGCGAGCAUGAGCCUGGAGAACCAGAAUUUAAAUAUGUUGGGAAUAUGCACGGAAAUGAAGCCGUCGGGAGGGAGUUGCUCAUCUUCCUGGCUCAGUACUUGUGUAAUGAAUACCAGAAAGGAAAUGAAACUAUUAUCAACUUGAUCCAUAGUACACGUAUCCAUAUCAUGCCAUCUUUGAACCCAGAUGGCUUUGAGAAGGCAGCAUCCCAGCCUGGUGAGCUUAAAGACUGGUUUGUUGGUCGAAGCAAUGCCCAAGGGAUAGAUCUCAACCGAAAUUUCCCUGAUCUUGAUAGAAUAGUCUAUAUUAAUGAGAAAGAAGGUGGCCCAAACAACCAUCUACUGAAAAACAUGAAAAAAGCUGUGGACCAGAAUCCUAAACUUGCUCCUGAAACAAAAGGUGUCAUUCACUGGAUUAUGGAUAUUCCCUUUGUGCUCUCUGCCAAUCUUCAUGGAGGAGAUCUCGUUGCAAACUACCCUUAUGAUGAGACCCGGAGUGGCAGUGCUCAUGAAUACAGCUCCUGCCCCGAUGAUGCUAUUUUCCAAAGCCUGGCUCGCAGUUAUUCUUCUUUUAAUCCCGCUAUGUCUGAUCCAAACAGACCACCGUGUCGUAAAAAUGACGAUGAUAGCAGCUUUGUGGAUGGAACAACUAAUGGUGGUGCAUGGUACAGCGUCCCAGGAGGGAUGCAGGAUUUCAAUUACCUCAGCAGCAACUGCUUUGAAAUCACAGUGGAGCUUAGCUGUGAAAAAUUCCCACCUGAAGAAACUCUGAAGGGCUACUGGGAGGACAACAAGAACUCUCUUAUCAAUUACAUCGAACAGAUUCAUCGAGGAGUGAAGGGAUUUGUUAAAGACCUUCAGGGCAAUCCAAUAGCAAAUGCUACGAUUUCUGUGGAGGGGAUAAGCCACGACAUUACAUCAGCCAAGGAUGGUGAUUACUGGAGAUUGCUUGUGCCUGGAAAUUACAAACUUACAGCCUCAGCACCAGGCUAUCUAGCAAUAACCAAAAAAGUUGCCGUGCCCUUUAGCCCUGCAGUUGUGGUUGAUUUUGAACUGGAGUCAUUGUCUGAAAGAAAAGAAGAGGAGAAAGAAGAGUUGAUGGAAUGGUGGAAGAUGAUGUCAGAAACUCUAAAUUUUUAAAUUAAGAUUUUGGCUUUACAGCUUUUAACUAUUCUAUGUUGAUUUAGUAUAGUGUACUGUGGAAAAUCCCUAUAUUCUAGAUUUUGUGCACUUCACAUAAUUAACUUUGAAUUUUUCAAUUAUCUUUUGGUUAAUAUGAUUACAAAUAACUACUAGCCUCUUAGCUAGUAAAUAAGCUAUUAAUUUUAAUUCAUAUUGUUACAGAAAAUUUACUCUUACAUACAAAUAAUAAAAAUAAAAGAGUGAAUGUCUCUGCAGCCGAUAUGGAAGUACAAUCUCUUGUGUAUUAUUUGCAAGUUCAGAAUAUGUAGGUUAACUCUUGAUUUUAAAAAAUAAAUAUGCUGUAGUCAAUUCCCAAUACUGCCACAAAUACUUGACAGUGCGUAGUAGUAGAAAGUGCUCUUUACUGAGUCCUAUAAUGGGUGUUAUUGAAAAGAUUUAUCUUAAGUGUGUUGUGUAAUUAUGUUUUACAAGGAUUAAAAUUCAAUAUAACAUUUCAUAUGUGUCUGGUUGGGGCUAUUUAAUGUGUAAGAAACAUAUACUGUCUUAAUUUUAGUAAGGAGAAGGAAUCUGCAUAAGCUCUUUUAUUAAAGAUGGCAUGGAGUGAAUUCAGGAAAUAGCAGAACUUUAUUCCUUAAACUGUUAACGAUAUUUCAGGGUCAGGUUUUAGUUAUUUCUCAUUACUUACUUAUUAACCAAAUAAAAAAUUCUAAAUGGGAGAAGAAGAAGAGUUUGUGCAUCUUGUUAAUAUACUGCUUGUGGUUGUUUUACAGCAAGAAAAAAAAUUGUUUCAGGUGAUGUCUGUUUUAAAUAGAUAACUAUCUUUUUGAACAAUCUUUCCAUGUGUCAGUGGUGUCUAGAUGAUCAGCUGAAAGUUUGUAACUUCACUGAAAGCUACCAAAACAUUACAGUUUAGACAAUGAACUGGAAGUCUUCUGACGACAUGCACUUAGCCAAGAACAGUUUUGCUUCCAACUUUGUUUCUUCUGCUGCUUAGUCUUAUCUAAAACUAGAAGCAUGAUGGAUAAGUAAUUAUUUUUUUCGGUGUAGUGAUUUUUUUCUAAAAGGCUUGAAGAGGGUACAAAAAAGUAACUUUGAUUAAAAAAGGUCCCCUUCCCCCCAUUUUUUUAGUAUGUUUGAAUUAACUUGUUUCAGUAUUUUUGCCUAAGAUGAGUGAAAUUUGUGGAGUCAGGGAAUACAUGUGAAUCAUAGUGGGUGCAAGUUUGGUAUAAUUCUCCCGAAACCACUGCUGGUAUGCUACUUGAUAGCAGCUAAACAUCUCAUCUGUUUGAAAGAUUACACACUAUUGCUGGUCUAUUUUAAUUCAAGAUCAGAUGUUUGAUAUCAGUUUCCUUCCUCUGUUUCUUUAGUAUCACUGUCUGUGUUUUAAUUAACGUAUUAUUUUAGUUGAUGCUGUAGGAGUUCAGUACCAUUCAGAACCAACCAACAAUACACUGUCAUGCUCCUGCCAUAAGUGAAAAAUCACAUGUUUAGGAGUAGGAUCCAAAUUUACCUCCUUUGGGUAUUUAAAAAUUUACUGAAAUUAAUGUUUUCUGAGAAUUUGAAAUAAAAAUAGCAAUAACAGACUUAAGGUUUUACAUACAGAGAUAAACUGAACAAUAAUAGAACAAAGUUUCUGUCUCUGAUCAGGAGUUUGCUAUGCGACCUGUAGCUCAUUUGGGUAGUAGAUAUUUAACUCCAGACUUCAGGGGAGCUUCACUUGCAGCAAGUUGUUAUGCAGUGAUAAAAUUCAAAUUUCCAUUGCAAUGAGGAACCCCUUUGCAAAUGAAAAAUCUUAUCUGAACAUAUCUUGAUAACAACUUGUGGCUAGUUGUGCACAGGAACAUGCAUAAAGGAUACCCAGUUACACCAGCACAGGUGUUUAUGACAAUUUGAAAGGCUAAGACACAUAACACAGAAAACACUCUGUCUGGAAAUAACAAUACUGUUUUCAGCUGAAUCAUAUAAAAUUGAAGCAAACCAUCUAAAAGCAAAUUGUAACAGGAGGCUGCUGGCAAGUGGGCAAAUGGCUACAGGAGUGUUUCUGACCUGUAAACUAAUGUAAUAAGGCAAGUGUAUAUUUGUACAGAAUGCCCUCCUCUGCCCCUUUCAAACCUAACAAUUUCAACCCAAACUAUAUUACUACAUGGUGAAAUGCCUGUCAUGCAUCCAGUCUUCCUGUGUGAUGGAUUGUGUGGCAUAGUUAGUGUAGACAUUACAUCAAAAUGAUCUCGUAACAGAUUUCUAAUCUGUACUUGUAUACAUGUGUGAGAUCCUCUGGUCUACUGUUUCAUUUGUGAGCAAAUGUGGUGUCCCCUAAAUGAUCUCUUUGUUUUGCUCAAUGACUUCUUGCUAUUGCUGUGCUGAGAACAGGUUAAAGUAAUUAAAUGUUACAACACCAGAAUCACUGCCACUGUUCUUGCUGUAAGUAAACAUCCUUAAAAACACUGUAGCCAGGACUCUCGUUAUGUAGUUUUCCUAGGUGAACUGAGCUGUGUUGUAGGAAUGUGUAUGUUUAAAUGGAAGAUUAAAGUGUUGUGUGAUGCUGAGCUUUUGGCUAAAAAGGCACAUGCUGUACUAUCGUACAAUAAAACUACAGGUUUAUUUAAAGUGAAAAA